GCCAAGUGUAACAUUUUAUCAAAGAUUGAUAAAACAAGUAUCGGUACAAAAAAUAUCGCCCAUCGGUCCAUCCAUUUUUCUUGCACAUGCACACACACACAUACACUCGAUGAAGACGUGAUGGGCGCACCAUGUUUAAGGGGGAUUCCUAUUUUCUAUUGGGACUCGUCGGCUCAUGCAUGAAAGCAAACUAAUAAAAUUUAUUGCAUAUAUUUGUAAUUCUGGGCAGCAGAAGUCGGGGUGUGUGGGCGUUUGGCGAUUGCUGCUGCUUUUUUUUCGUCGAUCUCCUGCCCCUGCCCCCUGGAGUGUUUUAUUACAACUCCCCCACCUCGAUCCAAAGCUGCAGAUGAAAGCAUUUUAGAAUGGAUCUCUCUGUUUCAGAUUGUCUACUCGGAGGAUGAAGAGGUGGCCUGCACGGACUUCACCAACGACUUCUACAAACUGGUCAACAUCCGCUCCAAUUUGUCGCGCAGCCUCUACUCCUACCUCGAGGGCGAGACGGAUGACGAGGACGAGGAUGACGAUGAUGAGGCAGAUUCGAGCAUGUCCGAGAGCCGAGCGGCACACACGGCCCGGGCCGCCACCAGUCCCACGCCCAGCGAGGCGGGACGGGCUCAGCGGAUGAGCUGCUCCUCCAGCGAAACGGACGAAAACUCGAUCAGCCACCCGCCGCCGCCGGAGUCGCAUCAGGAGAAGGAAGAAGAGCCUGACUACGCGGUCAUUGACGAGUGCCGGCGCCGCGUCGGUGACAUCGAAAUCGAGGACGUGCCGCUGAUCAUGAGCGCCACGCCUUUGCAGCCCCGCAAUAAGCAGCAAUGCAUAGCACAGAUCAUCAAGAGCGAGCUGCGACGCCCGUCCCAUGUGCUGGUAAAGUCCAAGUCUGUGCUGGAGAAGCAGGAGCCCAGCUGCAUCCUACGCCACAAUCAGCGUUGCGAGCUGGAGUUCACUGUGGUGCGCAGCGACAGCAUCAGCUGUGCCCUUAUGGCUUAUGGCAGCGCCCCCGUCACCUGCGAUCGUGUCCAAGCUGAAGGAGCGAAUUCUGAACCGCAAAUUUUACCGGGUGACGUCCCCGGUGCAGAUACCAGCGGCUGCAUCCCCAAAGAAGAAGCAAGCUAAGUCAACGGAGCUGCCUGCCCAAGGCAGUGCCCACCAGAAUUCCAACGAGCAUCAAUUCAUCGACGUCCUCCACCUCGUCA